AAGAUGAACUAUGGUGGAAAGCCUAAAAAAAACUACUAACUUCAAGAAGAAACAUGAGAAGGAUGAUAAGAUCAGAGCAUGUUAUGUGUGCGGCAAAGAAGGGCAUCUUGCGAAGAAUUGCCGCUACCACAAGGACCGAGAUGAUGGCAAGCCUAACAAGAAGGUGAACGUCACCAUAGGCAACGGCGAUGAGGCCGGUGGAUCUCGGCAUGGGAGAGCGAACUUCCUCCGUCUUGAUGGGAAACAGAUCUGUUGCGCCUGUUCUUGGUGUUGGCAGGGUCGAACUAAAGCUGAGUUCAGGGAAUAUUGUCCAUUUGAAGAAUAUGCAGCAUGCUCCGUCAAUAAACAGGAACCUCAUUAGCGGGUCCUAGCUUUGUCGAGAUGGUUUUAAGUUAGUGUUUGAAUCCAAUGAAGUUGUAAUAUCUAAAUUCGAGAACUUUGUUGGUAAACACUAUGAGAGCGGAGGCUUGUUCCCCUUAAAUACUGUUGAUCCAAAUUUGCAUCUAAAUAUUGCAUCCAUGAAUAAAAUUUGUGAGUC